CUCGGAGCCGGUCAAUAACCAGCCUCGUCUUGUCGUUCACCUCCACCCGCCGCCGUCGAGGUAGUCACAAAGCCAGCCUCUCGUCUUCGCCGCACUGGAGCCAGUCAUGCUGAAGCGCCGGCGUGCCCAGUCCCCUCCACCGCCAGCACAGCACGAGGUCCCGCUGCUGCCCCCAUCGCCACCGCGCGAUCUGAAGCGUCGGCGAACCCAACCGCCCGUCCUUGACGGCCAACAGCGAAACGGCGCCGUGGCCUUCCUCCCGCACAAUGACUUGGACGAUGACAUGGGCGAGGAACCUUGGGAUGAGGAGGAUGACGAAGACGACAGAGACGGCCAGCAGACCGUCGAUUGCACCGAGUACAAGUCGGCGAACGGCGUCCUGUACGAGCUACACGCUCUCCAGAGACAUCGGCUACUUUUCUCCCCAUCGAACACACCAUCUCAGGCCACAUCUUCCUACGCGCAUCAUCAACAGCAGAUGUCGCAGAGCCACCUGGCCCUCCACCAUCCGACAAUACCGGCCGGGAAGGGCAUCGACCUGCUGGUGCCAGAACAUCGGGCACGCACACAACAAUACAAUGCCACCACUGAGCCCGUGCACAAAUAUGGCGUGGGGCAAGCCGAGCUCUCGAUCGAAGAGCAGCGCGUUAAAGAGCGUUACGAAGGGGCAAACAGAGCCCUUGGUGAACUCUUCCUAUCUCGUAGACGCCAGGCAGGCGCAGAAGGAUACCCAGGCAGGUAGCCAGCGGGCUGGGGGUAGUGUGGCGCAUUGGCUUCGGCAGUUAUCUGCAUUCCUACAUGGUCUCGGCGGAACACCUCAUCUUCAUGGUCAUACUCGCAUUGUUAUCUACGCAUCGCACUGGCAUCACUUCUGGCAUUGGGUCCCACAUACUGUAGUCGCUGGACAUCUAUAAUCGACCGACCUUAUAGCCUGGA